AUGACGACAGACACAGAAAAGGACUCCAGAGCUGCUGCACAAGGUGGCAGUGGUGACUGGAUAAGUGUGUUUGAAGUGAUGGAGGAUUUCAAGGGAUGCUCACGCUAUUUGCAGAGGGGUCCUUUGCUGAGGAGCUGGCUGCUGGCCCGAAUAUGCAAGGCCAGAGAGCAGGCAGCCUCACUCAGAGUCACCACUCUGGAGCUCAAGCAGCAGAAGCUGGCAGGGAGAGGAGCUACCACCUACGUGUCUGCUAGGGGCCCUGCAGCAGCACACGUGGGCGGUUGUGUCUCCCGCCCUGGCAGCUACCUGGAGGGACUAGGAAAUGACCCACGUGCUUCUGAGCAGUUCGCCCUAUUUCUCCGAACCUCAGUUCAUCCGGGUGCAAUCUUCCGCGUUCACCUAGUGUUCUCCACAGACAAGAAGAAGGGAGGCAAAUUCCAGCCUUUUAAGAAACUGUUUGGCAAAAGGAAAAAGAGAGAUCCCUUGCCGUCCCGCGGGGAGUCGGCAGGGAAGAAGAGUUACGCUCCACAGAGUGUCAGCAAUGGGACCUUCUCUUCAGACGAGGAAACCCCGGAGGACCAUCUGAGGCACUGGCCACCCCUCUCUGCAUUUCUAGUCCUCCUCCCGGUGUCUGGUGUAGAUGUGUCCUCCCUGCCGGAGUUACUGUCAUGCGGACGAAGUUCUUGCUCCUUCCUUCCACACCUGCUUGUUACUUGGUCCUUCAACUGUUCUGUGGGAACUCGGGCGCUUUCCCAUGACAGUAUUUUUAUCCCUGAUGGGGGAGCAGAAAGUGAGCAGACAGUCCAAGCAAUGUCACAGGACAACAUCCUGGGCAAAGUCAAAGCUCUUCAGCGACAGCUGGGCAAGAAUAUCAAGUUUGGGCAGAGGCCACCCAAUGCCGUUCCCGUGAAGAAGGCGGGCAGUGGAGACGCCAGCUCAGAAGAGGACCUGUUCCUGACCAGUCCCAUGGACACUGUGGCCCAGCAGGACAUCGUCCGCUCAGACACCGAGAACAAAUCCAGUGAUACGCCAAGUUCUCCAAGUCCUCUGAACCUGCCUGGAGCCGGAAGUGAGAUGGAAGAGAAGCCUGCUCCGGUUAAACCGUCUCGGCCAAAAAGGCACUUGUCUUCUGCCGGCACCAUCGAAAGUGUCAACCUCGAUGCCAUUCCCCUGGCCAUCGCUCGCCUGGACAACAGUGCCGCCAAGCACAAACUGUCUGUUAAGCCAAAAAACCAGAGGGUGUCAAAGAAGCACAGGCGACUUGCCUGGGACCGGCGGAAGGAGCUGGGGCUGGAGAGUCAGCCCUCCCUCCACGAGAACGGGCACCCUGGAGGAGACAGACCAGAGCUGCUGGGUGUUGAGGAAGAGAGACGACGCCAGGAAGACUACUGGCGAGACCUGGAGGCCAAGUGCAAGCGGCAGAAGGCCGAAGCGGCUGAGAAGAGGCGUCUAGAAGAGCAGAGGCUGCAGGCACUGGAGCGGAGACUGUGGGAGGAAAGCAGAAGGCAGGAGCUGUUGGAAGAGGAGGGAGAGGAGGAGGAGGGUGAGGAGCCACCGCUGCCGGAGGCUGCGAAGGGGCCCCAGGAAGAAGGGCAGCAGCGGAGCCUGGAAGAACAGGGCUGUGGGGAGCAGGAGCUGCGGGAGCAGGAGGAGCGGAGGCGUCUGCGGGAGGAGGCCGAGCAGGAAGCUGAGCAGCGGCAGCGGGAGAAGAGGGAGUUGGAGGAGCGCAGGAGGCUGGAGGCACAGCGGCUGGCGGAGGAGGAGGCCCGGAGGCUGGAGGAG